CACUCCCCUUGUCGGAAUGGGUCACGGUGGCCACAUGGCUUCUCAUCUUGUGACGCCUCAAUCCUCGGUGCCCUGCAUGGUGCUGACAGUCCAUGUCCUUCCUCCAGUCCAUCCGGAACCGUGAAAAGCUGUUGGAAUGCUUCGAGGAAGAUGCUUGGACCUGCCACCGACCGGAUGGAGCUUUCAGUUGGAUUCCAAGGUCUUGUGCCCAGACGCGACCCGGGACCCGGUCACCUUUCAGCAGCAGCUCCAGCAGUUCUAUGCCUCGCACGCCUGGCGCUUUGCCUCUGACGGCCUCAAGGAGGACUGGGCUCAGCUUCACGAGGAGUCCGGGAAACCCAAUGGUCGAUGGCGGCGGACGAACACAUCAGGAUGGUACCAGCUGCUGUUUGAAAAGCACCUGGCACUUUUCAUCCGAGCACAUGGGAUGAGGCAGAAGGAGUUCGCGAUGCUCACCAACCGAUAUGCAACGCACCUGGGUGGGGAAGAAGAAGCCCAAUGGAAUUCCUUCCUUGCACGAUUGCCGUCCGUCGAGGACUUUGGAGACUUUGUAAAGCUUAUGAAGCAGAAAGCUAGAUCGAAGAUCGUGACAACGCAGGUGCCCGUGGAGCUACCUGCUGGCAUCGUCAGGUUCCUUGAAAACUUGGACAUGAGGCCCUUGAAGGCCUUCAUCUGCCAGCAUCGCCCCUCCUUCCAGGUGAAGUACCGUGAGCAUCGGCAUGAAUGGUACCUCCUACAUCAAGAGUUUCGCGGACUCUUCGAGACACUGGUGGAAGAGGCGGUGCAAGCGAGCGCACUGGAGUUGGAGGAUUUGGCGGUGUUUCUCAUGCACAACAUGCCUUGGAUGGAGACUCCCAGCCCUGCCAGCAGCGCGAGCCGCUUUGCACAGCUCUUGGGUGCGGCAGAAGACUACAUGACCUUUGUGAAGAUGCUGAAGGCCAAAAUGGCUGACGACAUCUGACGCUGGAAGCCUAAGAUCCAUCGACGGAUCUGGGGCGUGAGAUGGCGGGAGGUGCCAUCAUCACCAGGAUCAUCCUGACGAACUCCGUGGACAAUUCCCCUGCGGACAAGCUGAGACAAGGAUCAUGACGGUCAUUCUCCUGUCCAAUGAGCAGCAUCCUAUAGUGCAGUGACUGGUGCAGAAGACUGCCCGUAUCAGUAGACAGUAGGACUUGUGCUGCUAUCAACUGUAGACUGCAUCACUUUGCUCACACCAUGCGGAGCGGGUGCCAACUAGCAAGCUCGAACAUCGGCACAGCGUGAGAACAGACCCUGCC